AUGGCAUCACCAGAUGGAGCCAGCAGUGUGGGCGGGAGCCCUGAGGAGGCAGAGCUCAGCAUCACCCUGACUCUUCGCAUGCUCAUGCAUGGCAAGGAGAUUGGCAGCAUCAUUGGCAAGAAAGGAGAGACUGUUAAGAGGAUACGAGAGCAGAGCAGUGCACGCAUCACCAUCUCAGAGGGGUGCUGCCCGGAGCGCAUCACCACCAUCACUGGCUCCACCGAUGCUGUCUUCCGUGCUGUCUCCAUGAUUGCCUUCAAGCUGGAGGAGGACCUGGGAGCAGGGAGCGAUGGGCCAGCAGCAGGCAGAGCCCCAGUGACGCUGCGCCUCGUCAUCCCAGCCAGCCAGUGCGGCUCGCUCAUCGGCAAGGCGGGAGCUAAGAUUCGGGAGAUCCGGGAGAGCACAGGGGCACAGGUGCAGGUGGCCGGUGACCUUCUGCCCAACUCCACUGAAAGAGCUGUCACAGUCUCAGGGGUGCCAGACACCAUCAUUCAGUGCGUGAGACAGAUCUGCGCCGUCAUCCUGGAGUCGCCUCCGAAGGGGGCCACCAUCCCCUACCACCCUGGCCUCUCCCUGGGCACCAUCCUGCUCUCUGCCAACCAGGGCUUCUCCAUGCAAGGCCAGUACAGUGGGGUCUGUCCUGCAGAGAUGACGAAGCUGCAGCAGCUGUCAGGGCACACACUCCCCUUUGCCUCCCUGGGCCAUGCACCCUCCAUGGUGCCAGGCCUGGAUGCCAGCUCCCAGAGCACCUCCCAGGAGUUCCUGGUGCCCAAUGAUCUCAUUGGCUGCAUCAUUGGCCGGCACGGCAGCAAGAUCAGCGAGAUCCGGCAGAUGUCGGGUGCCCACAUCAAGAUUGGCAACCAGACCGAGGGCACCAGCGAGCGGCACGUCACCAUCACAGGGUCGCCUGUCAGCAUCACCCUGGCUCAGUACCUCAUCACAUCCUGCUUAGAGACGGCCAAAUCUACCUCCCAGGUGCCGCCAGGCCCUGGCUCCAUGGACCUUGGCAUGGGCUUCUCCCAGCCCCUCGCCCCAGGCUCCGGCACAGCACUGCCCGCUGUAGCCCCAGUGCCCCCAGCCCUGCUGGGCACCCCCUAUGCCAUCUCCCUCUCCAACUUCAUCGGCCUGAAGCCGAUGUCCUUCCUGGCGGUGUCCCCGUCCUCCAUGGCGGGUCCCAACGGCGGAACCACCACCUACACGACCAAGAUCUCGGCAGCCAAUGGCACCAAGAAAGCCGACCGGCAGAAGUUUUCACCCUACUGA